GAGCAAGCAAAGCGAGCCAUUCAUUCAUUCAAGUUAUAAAAACUAGGCAUUAUUUCAAUCUAGGUUUGUCUGGGAGAAUCCCCUAAAACAUCCAAUCCCAACCCAUCUUUCUCUUUUUCUCACUCUCUCCCCCCCAAACCCUAGCUUUCACCAUGCGGUUCCAAUCGCUCUAACCCUAACUCCCUCUCUCCAUCACCGAUCUUCGAUCCGCACCGCCGUUCCUUUGAAUCGCUUCAGAUUCUCCGCUGCUUCCACCAGGAGGAGGAGUUUUUCGCGAUUCGCGCUCGAAGCUUCCGUUGCCGCCGAUCGAAGAGAUUCGCUCCGAAUCCCAACGCCCUGCCGUCAAGUUUUUCGCCGAAGUAACAAAUCCUGUUGUUGUUCUUCUUCGAUUCGAUUGGAUUGCUCUGUUUUGCCCUAACUGUUGCUGUGGCUUCUUCGGAUUUCUGAUUUGAGAGGGCUUUGCUGCGCUUGAUUCGGAUUCGUCGCAUUUUCAUCAUCGUCAAUCGUCUGAUAACGAUCUUGUUGCUUUGAUUUACAAAGUCUCUGGAAGGAAUCUCUAUUUUCUCUGGAUUCUGACUGCGCUCAAAUUUUUUGCGACGAAUUGAAGAAGAUUCGGCAUCAGGUUGCUUGUGAAGAAGAAUUCUGGAAGUGAAAUCUCGUUGUCAUCGCGGCGGUUCGAUUUGUUCGAUCUUAACCUUAGUAAUCUGCAAGUUGAGGGGAAAAAACAUCAGAAAAAGUAAAGAGAAGAGAAAGAAAAAGAGAUUUGAUAUAUUAUAGAAAGAGAAAUAUACCAUGGCGGUGUAUUAUAAAUUUAAGAGUGCAAGAGAUUAUGAUUCAAUUCCCAUGGACGGUCCUUUCAUCUCUGUUGGUACAUUGAAAGAAAAAAUAUUUGAAUCCAAGCAUUUAGGGAGGGGUACUGAUUUCGACCUUGUGGUCACCAACGCCCAGACCAAUGAAGAAUAUCUUGAUGAAGAAAUGUUGAUUCCUAAAAAUACCUCAGUGUUAAUUCGUCGGGUUCCAGGAAGGCCACGUUUACCAAUUGUUACUGAAAUAGAACAAAAGGUGGAAAAUAAGGUGGUGGAAUCUGAACCUGAAAAUGGAAGCCUACCAGCUGAAGAUACAUCUGCCAUGAAAUAUCCUGAAGAUUCAGAUUGGGAUGAAUUUGGCAAUGAUUUGUAUUCAAUUCCUGAUCAAGUGCCUGUUCAAUCAAGCAACUUAAUUCCAGAGGCUCCUCCUCCUAGCAAAGCUGAUGAAGACAGUAAGAUUAAAGCCUUUCUUGAUACUCCAGCCUUGGAUUGGCAACGUCAAGGUUCAGACUUUGGCACUGGUAGAGGCUUUGGAAGGGGUACAGGGGGACGGAUGGGUGGUGGACGUGGUUUUGGGAUGGAGCGGAAAACACCCCCACAAGGCUAUGUAUGUCACAGAUGCAAGGUGCCUGGACAUUUUAUUCAGCACUGUCCUACAAAUGGUGACCCGAAUUUUGACAUGAGAAAAGUCAAGCAACCCACCGGUAUUCCAAGAUCCAUGCUGAUGGUAAAUCCACAAGGUUCCUAUGCUUUACCAAAUGGUUCAGUAGCUGUCUUGAAGCCAAAUGAGGCCGCUUUUGAGAAAGAAAUAGAAGGGAUGCCAUCAACACGUUCCGUUGGGGACCUACCACCUGAGCUCCGCUGUCCCUUGUGUAAUGAUGUUAUGAAAGAUGCUGUACUGACAAGCAAGUGUUGCUUUAAAAGCUUUUGUGACAGAUGUAUUAGGGACUAUAUUAUCUCCAAGUCUAUCUGUGUAUGUGGUGCAACAAAUAUUCUUGCAGAUGAUCUCUUACCGAAUAAGACAUUACGAGAUACCAUUAAUCGUAUAUUGGAGUCGGGCAAUAGCAGUGCUGAAAAUGCUGGGAGCACUUUCCAAGCUCAAGAUAUGGAGUCUGCUCGCUGUCCGCAGCCUAAGAUUCCAUCCCCAACCUCAUCUGCUGCAUCCAAGGGAGAACUAAAGGUUUCACCUGUUAAUGAAAAAACAACAAAUAUACAGGAAACAACUGAUGAUAGAAAGGCUGUUUCUGCUCCACAGCAGACAUCCGAGCAAGUAAGGAACCCCAGAGCUGCUGAUAUAUCUGAAGCUACUCACGAGUCUAUGAGUGUGAAGGAGCCAGCCUCACAAUGGAGUGCUCAGCAGGUUGAGGAAGAAGUGCAGCAAAAGUUGGUUCCUACUGAGGCUGGAAAGAAAAAGAAAAAGAAGAAAGUCCGUUUGCUGCCAAAUGAUUUGCAGUGGAAAACCCCACAUGACUUCGGGGCAGAGAACUAUAUGAUGCCAAUGGUUCCACCUGCUGGCUAUAAUUCGUACUGGAAUGGCAUGCAACCCAUGGAUGGAUUUAUGGCACCGUAUGGUAAUCCAAUGCAAAUGAUGGGUUACGGCCUGGGCCCCUUGGACAUGCCAUUUGGUGGUAUGCCACAAGACCCAUUUGGCAUGCAAGGUUACAUGAUGCCUGGUUUCCCACCUCAUAGGGAUCUUGCUGACUUCAGUAUGGGAAUGAAUGCUCCAGCCCCAGUAAUGAGUAGAGAGGAGUUUGAAGCCCGUAAAGCUGAUAUGAGGAGGAAGCGUGAAAAUGAUAGACGUCCUGAAAGGGACUUCUCUAAAGAUCGAGACUUUGGUAGGGAAGUGAGCAGUGUUGGGGAUGUUUCUUCAAUGAAAUCAAAAACUAGGUCAAUUCCACCGUCCUCGGGUAGCGAUUACCAUCACCCCCGUUUCCGUUCGGAGCGGCACUCGCCUGAUAGAUCUCCGCGCGAGGUGGAGCCUCCACCUCCACGCCCUACCAAGAGAAAGUCCGACCACAACUCCGAUCGCGAACGCGAAGACAGAGAUCGCGACUACGAGCACGAGCGUCACCACCACAACCGCCAUCAACGAUCAGAAUCCUCAUCCAGAAGGUCAUCGGAACCGGUCGCCAAAGCUUCAUCCACCGCAUCAGCCGCUGCCGCAGCCGCCGCCGCGGAUCGCAAGCAGAAGGCCAGCGUGUUCUCCCGCAUAAGCUUCCCCGCUGAAGAGGAACUUCCUAAGAAGAGAAAAGUCACCGCUUCUUCCACAACAGAACCUGCCGCUGCCGCUGCCGCUGCCGCCGCCGCUCCCACUGCCUCUUCGGCACACCUGAAGACAAUGUCGAACGGGUACUACGAAGGGAGGAAGAGCAGCAGCGCCGUCGCGGACUACGAAUCUAGCGACGACGAGCGGCACUUCAAACGGAGGCCGUCGAGGUACGAGCCGUCGCCCCCGCCGCAGCCGGCGGAGUGGGAGGAGGAAGGGAGGCAUUCGAGAGGAACGAGGGAGCGGAAGCAUAGGUGACUUGCAAUUUUGAUAGAGUUGUGCCGGCAGCCAUUUUGCCAACGACGAAGGGAACGGACACUGUAACUGCUAAGCGGUGCUGCUGUGCUUACUUUGCUCAGAGAGACGAUGCUAUGAUGGUCUUUAUUACAUUGCUCUCUCUUCCCAACCGACCUUCUUGGAAUGUAACUUUGCUGCUGUCACUCAAUCCCCUCAAUUUUCAAUAAUUUCGCCAUGUAAAAUUAUAACUUUUAUUCAAAUCUAAUGAAUUCCUUUUUGUUUCUAUGAUUUUUGGUUGGUUAA